CUAUCUGAUAUUACUUCUGCUGUGUUCAUUCUUUGUUUCUGCUUGUUAUGGAUGAUAAUGCAUGAUGCUGGAAAAUUUAUGGUUGACUUGUAGGCUUGUAGCACUGGUCUUGUUUUUUCAUUUUGGUUUAUGCCGUGAGUUUAAUUGCUUGAUUAUGAACUUCAUUUGAAUGAAUUGUUAUAAAGCUAUGUGAUAUUGUUCAUGAAUUGAGUGGUUGCAAAUGUAGUUACUUUUAACGCCAAAAUAUAAAGCUAAGCUUGCACCUUACACUCGGUUAUCAAAAUUUGCAUUCUUUAUACAGUAAUGAGUUCGAGUUCGAGUUAGCAUCCUGUGUGUAACCGAUAUUGCAUGAGAGUGAAUGAGGGACUAUUCCUAUUCAGAACAAAGGAACAGCUGCAAGUAUCUUAAAUCUCUAGAGAGUAGGAUCUGAAAAGUUAAAUAAUAUUAGUUUCUUGUUCAACUAAUUUGAGUCAUUUCAAUAUAUUCAUAAACCUGCGUAUAAGGAGAGGGAUAGGGUGUAUGAGCAGAAAGAUGUAAAAAUCUUUCACCUUGGAAGAUUAUAUAAGACCGCAGGAUGUAAUGUAAGAAUUAGUUUAUUCUUUACCAUUUCCUCUUUAGGUAAUGCUUGAGAUAGAGUCAUAGGUAAUCUCUUGUAAACAUUCUCUCUCAGUGUGCUAGGUUCUGUUAAUUUUCAUGUUACUUCUUCUUCCUACUAAAUGAACUUCAUGUUGUGGAUCAUCUUCUUUCCUUGUAACCAUCAAUCUGUCAGUUGAUAUCAGUUGAUAUCUUAAUCUCUAAUUGUGCUGGCAUGUUAGAAACUAGAACUGUUGGUAAUCUGUUUUCAUUAAGAUAAGUAUUUUAACUUCACGUUGAUGUAGAUAUCAUGGUGCAUGCUAUGUAACAUAAAGUUAUUCUUGCCUGCACCUCCUGUCAGUGUGGUGGUUGUCUCUUUGGGGUCAAAAUGUUUACUGGCUGGGGCUUUUACUUGCUGACAUACGCUAUAUGCGGAAUUUAACCGGUCAAUCUUACAUGACCUGAGAAAGCUGAAAAAAAAAUCACCGGUUUUAGCAUCUCUGGCAUAUUUCUGGGUGGAAGAUAUUGUCUCUUAUGCAACGUCAGGGGGGCACCAUUAAUUCGUUCCCUGAAACUGUUAACAUUGACAUGGGGUCUAGUCCUGAUAACACUAGUAUUGGUCAACCAAAUUCUUUGGGUAACAUGCUGAAUCCUGUGGAAACUCGGUUAUCUAAUUAUAUGGUGUCUUCUGGUGGGACAACGAAUGGAAACACAUUUACUCCUGAUGUUAGGAUCUUUAGUGGCUGGAAUUCUGGUGAACCGAGCUCUAGAUUGAGAACGCAAAACCAGGUGUUUCAGGAUGUUCUGAAUCACCAUCUCGAUGAUGAUGAUGGAACAAAAAUAGAGCAUGGUUGGUCUUCUUCUUAUGGUGCUGCUGGGGAUGCUCCAAGGUCGGAAGAAAGGCAGAUUGAACCACCAAAUGUGUUUUUUCCUGGGAGACUGAAUAAUGGUCGGAGUGGCAAUCAGAUCAGAAGUGGACCCUUGUAUUUGCAAGGUUCCAGCUCUACUCAUAGCCCACAGAAUAUGAAUCUAACUGAAGGAUUUACUAGCCACAGGGGUAAUGGAGGGUCAAGUGUUGGAACUGGUAUCGGUUCAGUUGGACUAGAAAGAGAGCAGGUAUCUAAUGCCAGUGUUUUUUCUGGUAAUGUUGGUAGUUCAUCCGGGAGUGGGGAGGAAAAUGAUGAUGGCUCUGGAUCUUCUUUGGGUAGUUGGGGUUUAUCCUGCAAGAGGAAGGCCGUUGAAGGUACUUCCGAGCAGUCUUAUUCUGCUAGUACUUCUGGCAAUUCUCAACAAAUUGAAAAUGUUGCAUGGCAUACUGUUCCUGCUCGUAAUGAUGCUUCUAGCCGCUUGAGUUUAUCAACUCUCUCACGGAAUUUCCUUGAUGUUAGCCCCCCUGAUCAGCUGAAUUCUAGAGUUGGGCUCGGUAUGAGAAUAGUUAAUGAUGCAUUUCCUUCUUCAAGUACAAGAAGUGCAAAUCAAGAAAGCCAACAAGAAUCUUUACCAUAUAGUUUAUCGUCAACCGGGGUUGCUGGGCCAUCUAGUUUUGGUUCUCCAACUCACCCUAGAGCUGCCGCAUUUGGUGACUCUCUAAACUUAAGAUCAGCAGCAGCAAUAGCAGGAAAUUCUAGUUCCCCCUCAACUCAAUCUCAUAUGAGAACCAUUUCUGUUGUGCCAAGAAAUGCACACCCUUUCCCUUGGACUAGCAUUUCCAGUUCAAGAACUAGCCACCCAUCAGGUUCCAUUAAUCCUUUAGAGAGAGCUACUGCAUUACAGGAGGAACCAAACGAAAGAAAUAUCCCGAGAAACAAUGCAGAGCAUCCAAUGUUUGUACCAGCAACGCAAGAUCCGACAGGGUGGAGUUUGGCAUCUGAAAAUAUCAGCAUGUCUGGAGGUGUUCCAUCUUCUAAUCGACCUGGGCCUAGGUCAACCAUCCAGUUGCUGUCUCCUGCCUGGAUUCCUCCUUGCAACCCACCAGUACAUUACCAACAAAGAGUAUCAGAAGUUGCACCUUGGUCUUUAUUUCCUCCAUUUGAUUCUGAACCUGGUGGCAGUAGUGGUCGUUUCCCGUCAUUAUCUUCAGCCCCUUCUGCUUCUUCAUGGGAAACAGCAGUGUCAUCUCUAUCUAACAGUCAAGGUAAUAAUCAAACAUACCGAAGGUCAGCUUUCAUAGCAGAGAGACAAGGUGAUGAUGCUCUUGGGAGGCCCCACUCAUUGCGAUCUUUGGCUGCUGAUAUCGAAGGGAGACACCGGCUAAUUUCUGAGAUUCGUGAAGUCUUGAAUGCUAUGCGUAGGGGGGAGAACUUACGAAUCGAGGACCAUAUGCUGUUCGAUCCGUUCAUAUAUCAUGGUAUGGUUGAAACACAUGACAGACAUAGAGAUAUGCGCCUUGAUGUUGAUAACAUGUCAUACGAGGAAUUGUUGGCAUUAGGAGAACGGAUUGGAGAUGUGAGCACGGGACUGAAUGAGGAAACCAUUCUGGAGUUGAUGAAACAGCGGAAGUAUUCAUCUACUACAACUGAAUCCACACAAGAACCGGAACCAUGUUGUAUCUGUCAGGAAGAAUACGAGGACGGGGACAAUACCGGGAUCCUCAAUUGUGGGCAUGACUUCCAUACUAACUGCAUCAAACACUGGUUAAUGCUAAAAAACCUGUGUCCUAUUUGUAAGACAACUGGGUUGCUUAAAUGAAGAUCAAAGGCUGUUGUGAGAGCCAGAACUUCAAUUUUCUUCUCAUAAAGAGGAUGGAUUAUAUCAGAUUUAAACCUGCUCUUCUUGAUCGUAAACUGUAACGUUCGAGGUGAUGAAGCAGCCAUCAGUUUUAUGAAUUGCAGAAUUGUGUUUGUAGAAUCACUUUGCAUAAAACAUAACGACAAUGAUAUAUACAUGCAUGAAAUAAUAUUUAUGACGUUAUGUUUCC